AUGUAUCACUGCUCUGACGGCAACAAUCUUGAUCUUGGACUGACAUGUGCAUCAAGAAGUUGCAAGGCUGGUUGGACUGGCGAUGCUUGCGAUAAAAGAGAUUGCCAGACGAACAAUGGAGAUUGUGGAAUCCAUGCAUGUACAACCUUCCAAAUCAAAACAAAAAUUUUUUCCGAGUGCAACUGCAAGGACGGUUACAGGAAACAAUACUUCAACGAUUACUGUACUCUCGUGCCAGAUGUGUGCACAAGUUACAGAAAUAUUUGCAAUACAACUAUUUCAACAUGCAAUCAAACUACACCCGAUUCCUAUUUUUGCCUAUGUAUGGCUGGCUACAAGAACCCGCCCACUGACAAGACCAUCUGCAUAGACGUUGACGAGUGUGCCGAAAUGUUGCACAACUGUAACAGCACGGUCGAAAGUUGCCUGAACACGCUAGGUUCAUUUACCUGCCAAUGUGUAUCAGGAUACAGGAGAAUUAACGACACGUGUAUAGAUAUUGAUGAGUGUCUGAACGCCACAAACCCCUGCGAUCCCGACAAAUCAACAUGCAUCAACCAGAUUGGCUCCUACAGCUGCUCCUGCUUCAAAGGAUUCUACAAUAAAAAUCAGUGGCUUUGUGAAGACGUAAACGAAUGUUUGAAGGACGCCACCAUAUGCAACACGGCUGUUUCUACAUGCGUGAAUAACAUCGGGACCUACAGUUGCUCGUGCAAUGGUGGCUAUGCUAACAGAGAUCAAUGGAAUUGUGACGGUAAUAGAUGA